UAAAAGCGCGGCGGGCGCCGACCUGCGCCACAGUCUUCGUGGGAGUUGCCGAGGUUUCCUGCUUCAACAGUGCUUGAACGGAACCCGGCGCUCGUCCCCACCCCGGCCGGCCGCCCAGAGCCAGCCCUCCGCCACCCCAUCACAGCGCUCUCGGCCCGCCCCAAGGCCCCCACCGCCGCUCCAGCGCCGCGCAGCCGCCGCCACCGCCUCUCUUCAGCCGCCCGCCAUGACGACCGCGUUCCCCUCGCAGGUGCGCCAGAACUACCACCAGGACUCGGAGGCCGCCAUCAACCGCCAGAUCAACCUGGAGCUCUACGCCUCCUACGUCUACCUGUCGAUGUCUUACUAUUUUGAUCGCGAUGAUGUGGCUCUGAAGAACUUUGCGAAGUAUUUUCUUCACCAGUCUCAUGAGGAGAGGGAACAUGCUGAGAAACUGAUGAAGCUGCAGAACCAACGAGGUGGCCGAAUCUUCCUGCAGGAUAUCAAGAAACCAGAGCGGGACGACUGGGAGAACGGGCUGACUGCAAUGGAGUGUGCAUUACACUUGGAAAAAAAUGUGAAUGAGUCACUACUGGAACUGCAUAAACUGGCCACUGAAAAAAAUGACCCCCACCUCUGUGACUUCCUUGAGACUCAUUACCUGAACGAGCAGGUGAAAGCCAUCAAAGAAUUGGGUGACCACGUAACCAACUUGCGCAAGAUGGGGGCCCCCGAAUCUGGCUUGGCAGAGUAUCUCUUUGACAAGCACACCCUGGGAGACAGUGAUGAGAGCUAAGUCUCAGGCUGGCUUCCCCUAGCCACCGGGUGACUUCCCUGGUCCACCAAGGCAACACAUGCAUGUUGGGGUUACCUUGACCUUUUCUAUAAGUUGUACCAAAACAUCUACUUAAGUUCUUGGAUUUGUACCAUUCCUUCAAAUAAAGUAAUUUGGUACCCA